UCUAAAUUAUCAUUAAGAUGAUGAUUAGUACAACAACAAAGUAUAUGCUGGCAUAUAGUGGAGACACAGUGGGUCCACUAGACCAUGGUCCAUGGAAUUUGAAUAAAUUAUUUGACCCUUCUCCUCAUAGCCUAGGUUUGAACUCUUAUUAAUAAUAAGCGAAAUCGAAAUAGUUUGGAUUGUUAUAGAACUCGUACCUUUUCCGAUCGAGCUCCACCCUCGAAUCUCCCGAACCCGGAAACCCUAGCGCCGAUGCCGUACUCGUCUCCGGCGUGCUUCCGCGGCGGCGCGGCGGCGGCGCUAGCGACCUCGGUCUACGAGACCGGCGCCGGGCUCGUCGCCCUCUCCUGGUCCCGCUCCCGCCUCGGCCUCUCCCUCCGCGUCGACCUCCUCCUCUCCCCCUCGGACGACGAAGACGACGAGGGCGAGGAGGAAACCCUACGGUUCCGCAUCCGCCCAUGGAGCCUCUGGAAGCGCCGCGGCUCGAAGCGCUUCCCCCUGAAGCGCCGCCGCCGCUUCGUCGACUUGGCGUGGGACCUCACGAGGGCGCGCUUCUCCGGCGCCGCGGCGCCGGAGCCCGCCGCGGGGUACUUCGUCUCCGUCGCCGUCGACGGCGAGGUCGUCCUCGUCGCCGGCGACCUCCGCGGCGAGGCCGCGGCCAUCGCCGCCCCCUCGGCGGGGGACCGGGACCACCACAUCCUAAUCUCGCGGCGCGAGCACGUGGUGAUCGGGGGCCCGGGCGCUUCUAGAACCUACCGGACCACGGCGCGGCUCGGGGGAAGGGAGAGGGAGAUCGCGAUCGAGCUUGGCGAGCGCGGCGCGGAGAAGGCGAAGGAGAGGGAGAGGGAGAGGGGGAGGGGGAGGAGGGGAUUGGGGGAGGUGGGGAUGCUUAUAAUGGUGGACGGGAAUUGCGUAUUGAACGUGCCGCGGCUGCGGUGGGCGUUCCGCGGGAGCGAGACGGUGUCGUCGGCGGCGGCGGAGGGCGGUGGUCGGAUACGCGUCUCGUGGGACCUACACAAUUGGCUCUUCCGCCUCCCCGACGAUUCCGCGCCGCCGCCGACGGCGUUCGGAGACGCCGGGGACGCGGUUUUCGUGUUCCGAUUCGAGCAGGACGGGGACGGGGACACUAACGAGAAUUGCGGUACAGGUGAAGGGCAUUUUCAAAAAAAGGGCGGGGAUUUCGCAGAGCGAGGGUAUUUUGGGAAGAGGAAUAGAAAGAAUUGGAGUGAGAGCGGUGGUUGCAACAAUAGUAGUAAUAGCAGUAGUAGGGGGAGAAGGAAAAAGAGCUUGUUGAAGGCGAGCUCGUCGUCGUCGUUGUCAUCGACGGCGUCGACGGCGAGCACGUCGACGGUGGCGGGGUGGGCGAGCCCCGAAGAGGCGGAGAUGCAGAGAGGGGAUGCGUUCUCGCUCUUGGUCUACGCGUGGAGGCGUUAAAUUGUGCGUAAAAAUGGCGAGCUUUGACGGAAGAGAUGCGCGAAUUCCAGUUACAGAAAAUUUGCUUGAUCAAACAUUCACUACAUUUGGAGAUCACAGUACUGCAGGCUAAGAAACCGAAGCCAAUCUCUUGGGGUGAAGUCUCAGGUCGAAUUUUGAGGAAACAGAGAGGAAAAUUCUCUCAUUGAGGUUCUCUCUUGGGUUGUGAUGAUGCUGUUAAAUUUGUGUAUUUUAUUUUUCUUUUUCUUUUUUUUUUAGAUUUAUAAAUUGCAAAUUGACUAUUUGUAAGAAACAAGGAGCAAUAGGACACUUUGUCUGAUGAAAAUGAAAAUCGGGUUAUAAGUUAAAAUGCA